AAUAAUUGUAUAAAGCAAUGAGUUACUUAUUUAACUUAAAAUUAAUUCAAGUAUAGUUAUAUUUUAAUCGUGAAAACAUUAGUCUGAUUAAUAGAGUCUUAUAAAAUAAUUUCUCAUCCCGAUAAUUCAAUAGCAGUUAUCAUGAUACAAUCAAAUUCAUGGAUAUAUAUUAGGAUAAUAUUGCACUCGAUGCGGCAAAUGUCGAAACGCGUUGAGAAUCACUGAGAAGCGGACCACUGAUACGGCGAUGUGUCAUAAGUAAAUAUACGCGUAUAUACCUGUUAACUCGUUAUCGGUAUUACCAUGGUCCGCGUUGGACAGAAGCCCGAGCGAUCAGUUUGCCGGAGAACGAAACGAAGCGUGUCGGUCGUCGCGCGAGUCUCCUCGCAUUCGCGAUUACUUCGAAUCCAUUCUCUGUUCGUUAUUCCUGACCCGUCUCUUGCUCUUUCUUUCGCCUUCUAACCCCCACCUUCUGUUUCACUCGCUCUACGUACAUUACGCGAACGAGCCGCAGUCAGUCGGCACAGAGGCAUCGUUGACGCCGCGCCGCCUCGUCCCUCCUCUUCCCUCUUCUUCCCACUCUUUUCUUUCCCUUCCCGAUUCCUUUUCGCUCUUCUCUCGAUUAAUUCUUCCCUCCCUCCAUUGCUCGCGUUCUUCCUCGCGAUGUACCGAGGCGACGGUACUCGUUGGCUUUCGACUUACGUUCCGCGCUUCUUGUACUUUUUUUCGUUCUUUCUCGUCGGAGAGUCGCGGUCGCGUUAACGUUCGCUUUCACGGCGAGACACUCGAUCGAGGAUAUUCGUUGACGAAUCGAUCGAUCCGGGACAGUGUCAGUGUUCAGUGAUUGUGGUUUUUUUUUUUCUUUAACGAGAGAGCUUCGUUCACGGUGAUAUUACAAAGAUCAAUGCCACGAAAGGAAUAAACGAACAAAAACUUCUUUGGCGGCGAUAAACGGCGUUACGCGGGGGAAGGAGAAUGGAGGCGGCGGAGGAAGGUGGCGAUAAUAAGAAGCCCUCGAAAACAGAGCCGGCAAAUGAUCAGGAAUCGAAGGAGCGAGCCCAAAGGGAGGAACAACUCCGGAUUCUCUCGGUCGACAAGGUUACGGUGGAGAAGAUCGUCUUGGAAUCCUCGACCGGCUCGCGAGAGGUGCUCUUAACGAAAAAUGAGAGUUCAAAGAAAGUUUCGAUAAAAUCCGAGCUUGAAAACCCGGUUCUCAGGCGAUCGAAAGACAAGCGCAGCGAGUCGACGAGCGUGGAUAAGUGCCGCUCUUCCCUUCCCGAGGAUAUUAUUGCGUUCAAAGCGUUCGACAGCACCGAUGCCUGCCAACCGAGAGAGGGGACGAAGAAAUCGCGAAACGCGGAGAGGAUCAAACCGAUCAAAUUGACCAAGAGCCCGUCCAUAGGCAGCUUAACGAUCGCGGGUGUCCCUCUGGGGGCGACGACGGCCGAGAAAGCGGACACGGGACGGGGGAAAGCGGAAGAAAAGGCGAGGGAAUCGUUGACGGGCGUCGUCAACGAUACGGCCGACGAGGAUAAAGAGAAUGUACGGAACGAGGGGGUGAUAAUCGCGGAUAAUCCAUCCGGCGAGGCGGAGGAGGAAGGAGGUGGGGACGAAAUUGAAAAGAUCAACGCGAGAAAUCUGUUGGAGAAGAGUCAAACGAAUAUCGAGGUGCUCCAGCGAAACCUGAACACCAAGAUUGACGCGAACACGGCGCAGAGGUACAAGAAAAAGUUGCUCGAGUCCCGGGAGAAUCGGCAUCUAAAGUUGGCCGUGGUCGUAGACUCGAACGCGAACGAGAAGUUUGCCGGGAAGAUCGCGUUCGACGAGGAGUUUCUACAGAAGCACAAUCUCGACAAGAGAUUGAAGAUCGAGGAAUACGGAUUGCUGGAGACCGAUCUGGAUCGGGGAGCGGGCGGGGAGCGGGGGGAGGGGUUGUCGAAGAGGAGGGAAGGGAAGCCCAGCUACAGCGAGAAAGUGUUGGAGGUGGAGAAAAGGUGGUCAGGGGAGUUUCUGAAGAAUCAAUUGGACCGGCGUUCCUCGGAAUCGUCCAAGUCCUCUUACGUGGGGGAAUACGGAAGCGUUUCCUCGAGGGAGAGCAUAGGCGAGGAAUACGAUCGGGCCGCGUCCUCCACCCUUUUCGACGGCGGGAAGGCGGGAAAAUUCGAGGUAGGGCGGCCGAUUAAUUUGGCCGGGAACUGUGCCUCCGUGAAAACUCUGGCCGCCAGCACGUUGAGCACGCUCGACUCCGACUCGUGCCUCGAGGAGAGGAUCAAGUCGCUCGAGGAAGACAUCGCGGCGCAGGAGAGAGAGGAGCUGGAGAAUGGAAAGGCUGAGCGGAGCCCCGGUCGCCGGGAGAUAGAGCCGUCGGAUCUUUGGAAAGGGUCCGCGCUCCCUUUCGCCGACGAUUUUUGGAAUCGAAAGGACGAGACGUCGGAGUCGAGGAUCGCCGGGUACCGCGCCAAGAUCGAGGAGAGGAAAAUCAACGGAACAAAUCCGGCUCCGUUGGCAGGUGGCGGGGAUCGUUCGAGGGUAGACGGAUACGCGACCCUCAUAAGGAAGUUCACCAUGGAAGCGGGAUCGUCCCGGUCGAAGAAGGAGGAAAAGCAGAAAAAGAGGCUGGGACUCCGCCGCCUUUUGCCGGGUUUCUUCUCGCCCAAGGACUCCCGAAAGGAUUACAAGAAGAAGGAGUCGAAGGACAGGAAGAGGCCCGACGACAGACACUUCGCCCGCUACCAGCAGAACGGCAACUACACCAGAUCGCCGGACACGAUGAACCUGAACGAGGACAUCAAGAGGAACGUGAAGCUGGACAACAGCCUGAACGGGUCCAUAAUCGAGGAGAGGCUGGACGAGAUCAAACGGGAGCUGUUCCCGGACCAAGGCCCCAUAACGAGCACGCCCGACCACCUGGCGCGUGAUCACGAGGAUCACGAGGGCCUGUUGCGCGAUCGAGCUGGCCAGCCCCGUUCCUACACGACCGACUCGAGCCUGAGCUCGAUCGCGCCCGACGAAAGGUGGAACGAGAGGAAUGCCCAGCUCGGAAUAUCCCCGGACAUCAGGAAAUUCGAGCAGAGGCAGAAGCGGGAGGAAUUUGGGCAGAGGUACGGGCAACGUUACGGGCAACUGGAACGGAAACACAGCCUGCAGGAGCCGAACCACUCCACGCCUAGGCCGCCCUACUUCUUCCAAAGGAAUCACGGGCCGUCGGGCAGGAUCUCGGCCCCGCCGACCGAGAGAUACCUGGUCCGGCCGAGGGCGAUCCACCCGAUCGACCGCCCGUUACCGGCCAUCCCCCGCUCGAGGACGGACCUGUUGUCCAGCUACGAGAAUUACUUGGAGGAGCGGGACGAGGGGAGGGUGGAGGAGCAGCAGCGGGUCGGCAAAGGGGCGUACGACAAGAGCGAAUAUCUGAACGAGGAGCAGGUGUUGUACGAGAACGACAGCCCUGCGGGUUUGAUCUUGAAAUCGGUCUCUGCCCAGGUGAAGAUCACCCGGCAGCCGAUAGUGAAUCAGAAUCACCGCGCCCCGUUGGUGGGCAGGUCGCCCAAGUACCUCUCCUCGGGCUCGAGCCAGAAGUCGGGGGACUACGGGGGCGAUUCGAGUUGCACGCCCAACUCGAGCCAGAAGAGCGAGUUCUCCCCGACCAGCUCGAAGAGCGGCGAGUAUUACCUGCACUCGCCCAGGAACAGCGGAUCCCCGAACGAGCGUGGCGAGUACGACGAGGGGGGCUGUCGAGGGGGGGAGGGUAUCUACGAAAACGAGAAGUCGCCGUCCAGAUCGUCGACCAGAUGCAUGGACGAGCGCAUCUACGACGAGACUCCCUCCGUCGCCUGCGAGGAUGCCUGCGUUCCCCCUGACUCCAGCCAGAUCCUCGUCGACCGCUCCUCGUCGGUCGAGGGACAACGGUCUGCGGACAAAAGGGGGGGCGCGUCUCCGCGUAGGAGUCGUUCCAGAGGAGGUGAACGCCCCGUUUCCCCGAGAGGAGGAGGAGGAAACGCGGAGAGACGGGAGGAUGGCGAGAAGCAAUGCGGGGAAACGAACAGGGGGGAGCAGGGGGUCGUCUGUGGACCCUCCUCGCCGACCCAAGGAAAACCGAUCUCCCCGCUCGGGUCGCGGCAACGGCUGCCCUCCGCUAGAAGAGCACAGCCCAACGAGCAGAUUUUAAUAGCGUCUCCGAAGAGGGAUGCCAUCCCGUACGAGACCCGAAUACCAAGGCCCUCUAACGAGUCGAGGCGAGGUUGCCCCAUCGAGUCGCCCGUGCACAUGACGAACGCGCCUCGAAAACUCGUCGUCGCUAAUUCGAUCGAUCCACGAAGCCAGGAUUCGAGCGGAAUACGGAGUGACGUUUCCGCGACGAAAGGCUCCCCGCCGGGACAAAGUCAGGUCGCGUUGGAGAUACCGCGUCCCGAGCCUAUUUACGCGCAUCGAGGCCAACGGAAUCCGGAAACAGGUUGCAGAUCGAGCCCCGAGAAGAGGACUAAUGAGAAUAACGCGCAGAGGACAGACGGGGAGGAGAGGGUAGCCUGGGUCCAGGCGCACGCAUCCUCGUCUUCGCCGCAAAUGAGCCCGCAGAGAACGAGCGAGGCUGGUAUUGGUUCGCAGAAGGUUGACAGGUCAGUCGAGGAUCAUCGUCAGAAUUCUGUUCCAGCUUCGCAUGCGCUGGAAGCCCAGCGUAAUCCCAGUUUAGAGGAGCAACGGGCCCCUCACCAGCAGCAACAAGAUCCUAGACAGGUAGGGCAGAGAAGUUCGGAAGAUGCCGCGUACAAUCAGAGGACCUGUGAACCGAUGUGCGGGCAACGGAUCGGCGCGAUGGCGAGCGGGCCUCUGUCACCUUCGAAGCAGGAGACUCGACAGCAUCUGGAAGCCUUCUACUGGCAACAAAAGGCGCUCGAGGCGCACCGAAAGUCUCUCGCGUCCCCGGUGAGCGAGAACUCGAAACAGAUGGGGCGGAAAAUUGAUUUGCCGGAGGUCAGGGAGGCGGUGUAUUGGCAGCAGCUCAAGAAACUGGACGAGGAGCAACAGAGGCGUAUUUACGAGCAAAAUCUAAUGGAGGAGUCGUCGUACUGCAAGGGAGGGCCGAAGAACUCGGCGAGGGUGUCGGCCCCGAGGCAGGGAUCCGUUCGGGGUCCCGUGGCGACGGCCAGCGCGACAGGUCUUCCGUUACCGGUCGCCCACGGAAAUCCAUCCUCGUGGAGUGGCAAUCUACGCCACUCGAAGGGGAAUCCCACCGGGAAACCGCCGCUGAUGCAGAGUCAGAAAGGCCAGAACCAGCCCGUUCUGAUCGUCCGCCCGCAACAAGCGAUUCGUGAUCGGCGGGACAUGGUCCCCGCCAAGCCUCUCGACUCGGGUCGACAGGAGGCAGUGCAGAGAUCGAAAAGCGCGUCACCGCAUUUCCACAGGGGAGAGGCGCAGCCGGUGCCGCGGAAACUCGAGGUUUCUUCGAUCUACGAGGAGGAGCCGACGAACGAUGUCGAUGGAAAAACUGCCCACCCACCUCCUCCGAUAUUUAAAAGGGGUAGCUUGAUUGGCGGGGAAUCGGUGGAAUAUGGAAGUGGCAGUAGCGCGAAGAGAGUCAGCUUCUCGAAUCAGUCGGGUGUCGGUGGGCAGGACUUAGCGAGUGGAAGUUGGCCCACGAAACACGGUACUGCCCCGGAACCACCGACUCGAAGGCAUCGAAGCGAGGACAGCGUGUCCGACACAGACUCGGUAUUUUCCUAUCCGGAGCGCCGUGAUCCUUCCACACACUGUGCGGAUGUGACGGAGUACGACGCCGACAGACCUCUUCCGCCUCUACCCAAGGAUGCCAUCUCGGUCAACGCCAUGAGACUUGCGCCCGGAAGAAGCGUUGUGUAUGGAGAUACACGUUGCAACAUCGGAAUAGAUCCUCGACGCGCCAUUAGCCCGCAGCGAGUACUUCGACAGAAGGAGGAAGAGUGGAAUUCGGAUGGCAAGGGUCGACAGUCCAACGACAUCGGUGGGUCCGGCAGGGGGGAGGGUGAGGCAGGCUCGAACGAGGUUCCAACUGGGAGGAGAGGCGGCAGUGGCGGCGGCGUGGGUAGCGGAGUCGGCGGGGGCGGGGGCGGAGGAGGAAGCGUGCUGGGGGUUGGCGGAGGUGGCGGAAGCGGAAGCAUCGGCUCGGGGGGCAGAAGCGGCUCAGGGGGAGGGCGAUCGAGGGACGAGCCGAGGAGGCACACCCUCGGCGGCGAUCACCAACCGUCCCUACAUCAUCAGCAGUUCAACGCGGCCCAGCAGCUACACCCCCUUCAUCCCCAUCAUCUGCCGCCGCCACACGGCCAAUACGGUACGCCGCCCACGCGUCAUACCACCAUGGAUCUCGAGAUGGGGACCAAGUCUCGCCAGAGAAAGUCGCCUCUUCCGCGCGGGUACCCACCUCCCUCUACGACGAUGUUGUUCGAUGACGACCCGGGCAUCAUGUCCGAGGUGGAGACAUCGAGCACCGGAUUUCGACGGGGUGGCAAGCAAAGAAGCAGCCUCCCCGUCGUACGGACCCCCAGCAAAACUCUGGAGCGACCACUAGGUCUAGUGUUCCUGCAGUAUAGGAACGAGACGAAGCGGGCGCUCCUACCGAACGAAAUCACUAGCAUAGACACCGUUAAGGCUCUCUUCGUACGAAGUUUUCCGAAGCAACUCACUAUGGAAUAUCUAGACAGCCCCCACGUCAAGGUUUACAUACACGAUAGCAACAAGGAUAUGUUCUACGAACUCGAAGAUCUCAGAUCGCAUCUGAGAGACAUCCGAGACCGAAGCGUCUUGCGACUAUUCGAGAGCACUGACGGUGUGACAGGGAUGCCAGGACCAUUGGGGAUACCAGGGACAGGAACGGGACUACCCCCUCACUGGGAGGACCAGAGCUACUUCAGCGAGCCGGAAUUCGACAGCGAAUACCAACAUCAGCAUAUUCACAAGAGCAAGACGGCGAAGAAUUCAACUUCCGGGAAUAGCGGAUACUACGUCGGAGGAAGCAGCACUCUGCCACGAGGAGGACAACUAAUGAGGGCGUACAGUCCGGCGGCGUCGUCUGUGGUCGGAGGACCAAAUGCGACGCCGACACAACCGAAACCUCUCGCUACUCCAGGUGGUGGCGGGGUGCCGCCGGCCAAGCCGCUUCGCAGCUACCAGUGUGGUAAGAGUCCCCUUGGAAGCCUGGGGGGCUCGGCUCGCUUCUCUAGAGACAGCUCGGUCUCCCUCUAUAGUAUAGCAGAUCGAUUGCAUGGGGAAAGCGGUUAUAUGAGCAGUCCCGAAAGAGGUGGAGGAGUUGGCUCUGGAACGGGAAGAUACCCACCCGGCCCCUACAGCGCCGGAAGCAGCUACGAGGACCCGUACUAUUCGCAAUAUUCGGGAACCGUGACACCUGUCAUUGAUGAGGAAGCCAGCGAUACGGAGCUGUUGGAGGAAUCGUACAGCCUUUACGGUGUGAAACCGCCAGGCCGUCCACCGUCCGGUCCUCCGCGAUCUCCGUUUCCUCCAGGGGCACCACCACCUUUGCCACCUGGUAGUCAGAGCUACGACGCUACUCGGAUAAGGGUAGAGCACAUGGAGAGACAGUUGGCCAACCUGACGGGACUGGUGCAGAAAGCUCUCACCCAUGCACCGCACACGAGUCCAUCACCGCGUGAUUACUUGCAAGUUCCCGCGGGACGUGAUCCUUACGCGAGAGGGCCAGGCGCCGGGGACGAGUUCGACAAACAUUCUAGCUCCAGCUCUGCCUCAUUGCCAGUGUCUCAACCUGCCGUUACAGAUGACUCGUACUUAAGGACUGACGUAAAACCACCAAAGUUAGGCAAAGACAAGUCGGUGUCGUUUGAAAAAUCAGUGUCCUUCAGUGAUGAGCCUCCAGACAUGAAUUCUCCCAAGCAACAUUCCCCGCAGCACGCAGCGGACACAAAACCAACGAAACCGGCGAUCAAAUCCUCCACGUUGCCGAGGAUGUCUUCGCAAGAGAGAGACAGGCAUAAACCUACUCCGCCGCCGAAACCGGCCGCGCUGGUUGCCGGCCAGUACGUUUAUCGGGACAUGGCUUUGACACCGGAAAUGUACAAUCAACUAAGAGGCUUGCAGAAAAAGGCCAAGGAUCUGAGGCAAGAAGUUAGGAACUUGAGGCGCAUGUCUCAGGCUCAGGCGCACACCAUACGGGAGACCAUUUUGGAUACGUUCAUUACCAUCAGAACAAUGUUGCUGUCGUGCGGCGACGCAGCCUGGGACGCAGAGAAGAUUCGACUAAGCCGCGAGGAGGACCUCUACAGGCAGGAGAUGUUGAGGCUGGUAAAAGAUCUAACCGAGCUGGAGAACACGGUGGAGGAACUACGUGGCAAUGUCAUAAAUAGAAAGACGAGAGUGAACAUGUCUGAUGUGGAGAAUAUGGCCUUGAUAAUGAGCAAAUCUAGCAAAACGGUAGCGGAUCUAAAGGUGCGAUUCCCAAGUUUGCAAGAGGGUAUGAAAGGUCUGUUGAGUUCGGAAAUGGAGAUGGUUGUGCGAGCGGAAAAGUUCCUCAAGGAAGAACCAGAACGAUUGGAGUCGGCGUUGAAACGUUGCAAAAAGCUCACAAGUACCCUCGUGACGCUCAAACGUUUGGCGUCGGUGCAAGAGCAGCGAUUACCAAACGCAGCAGCGAGCAUAGACGCCGAAGAGACGCCACCAAUAACACCAACCUCUGCUCAACAUUCCAAGUAUGGCUGGAAGUGGAGUACUAACUUCAAGGAGGCCAUACAGACCAGUCAUGAGCAGCUGCCCCUGUGCCAGCGGAACGCACUGUCGUGGGGUCAGCGAGCGUCAUCGGGGGAGGGCCCCACACUCACGAACCACCCACCACCCAUCAGCAGCGUCCGGAGAACGCACUCGACGCUCUGUUAGACGAGCUGCAGACGUUCUCGAGGCCAAGCUCGCAACUGGGCCACGCUCAAGGAUCCUCGACCAUGCUAUCGGAACUGGGCAGGUCGGGCAGCAGAGGAGACGCGACUGGGGCAACGGGUGUUGGAACGACUGGCCGACCGCCAUGUAUCUCCGAUAUAGGAAGGAAAGGAAGCGUAGAUUCAACGAGUGGAAUUUUGCCAAGCGGCGGGACACUGGUGCCCGUUGGAGGGGCACAGACCACGGGUGGAACGCUACGUAGAUUGCACUCUUACCCGUCUAGCUCGGACACAGACACGUCACCUCCCAUAGCGAGACUACAGGUGUCUCUGCAGGAACAACCGAGCUUGCCCACAUUGCCGCAAGGAUUCAUUCCGGGACAGAAGCCGCCGGUACCCGAGCGAAACGCAGAACUGCUUCAAUUGGCCAGCGCAAGAAGAGUCCCACCCCCUCCACCGCCGCGUACUAGUUCUAGAUCUCCAUUGGCUAGCCCGACCAGUCCUCAGUUGCCACCUAGAAAUCAUUCUUGCAACUUACAGAACGCGAAUGCAACGCUGCGAAGGCCACCAGCGCGCGGCACUCUACCCGUCAAGGAAGGAAAGCCUCCGAUGGCCUUACCAACAGAGCAGCCGGGUGCUGGAUUGGGUUCCACGCUGAGUUCCACGAUCGGCUCUGCGCUGGAGACGACAUCGAGUCCGGUGCUUCACAAUAAUUCAACCAGUUCUCAAUCAUCAGCCGUGCUGUCCACCAGUAACUCGAGUUCCUGUGAGAGCGUGAACUCGCAGGAGGGUCUACAGAGCAAAAAGGGCAGACAGGAGCAGCUGGAACAACGGCAUCAGGAACUGCUGCGUAAACAAAAAGCUCUGCAAGAACAAUACGCGAGACUCCAGCAACUGCAGAGGAACACCGCGGGCCUGACCACCGUCCCGCCUGCGCCGCCGGAUCUCCUGAAAAAGACAGGCUCGGAGAGCAAUCUGCUGGCCAAGAUGGGCCUAGGACUGAGCACCGCCAGCUCGGGUUCUCUAACAAGUCUGACCGUGAAACCCUCUAUUCCUCAGGAGGUUUCUGUGGAUAGUCUGCGAACGCGACAGGAGGAGGCAAACGAGCAUCAACCGGUGUCGACCACGAACUCGACGUCGUCCAAUAUAGAAAGUGGCAACAUUACGAUGGCCAGCACAAGCGAGUCGAAUGACAGUCAGCAGAUCGCUAGCGUAAUUUCUGUGGGAACCGCGAUCGUUUCUACUGCGGCGUCAACAUCUGGUAAUAAUAACGCGAGUACGACCACUACAACCACUACUAGUAAGAUCUACGAAACGGAUAUUCUGUGACCGAGAAGCCGAUCGUUGCUCGAAUCGAGCGUUAAAGUGGCUGCUGAAGUCGUGCUCGCGAGUUAACCGCGUUAUUCCUCAGAAAAAUAAACGACAAAGCUCGAGAUGAAAUAAAUACGAAUUAGGUUUUGGUAAAGACGAAAGAUAUUUCGUCGUCGAAGGUUAGUCUGCGACGAAUCGCGAAAGACACGCGAUCUUGUCAGCUGGAAAGUAGAGUACAGCGUAGAGAACUUAGCGAGUCACGCGUAAUUUAUAAUAUCGAUUAUCAUAAUUAAUAAACGAUAUAUAGUAUUAAUAAUCGUAAACGAAAAGCGCAAUCUCUCUCUCGGAACGCAUAAUCCGGACGCAUAAUAAACGAGGCUGAGAGUGGUCUCCUCGUCACUUUUACUUGCGAUCGUUAAGAAUAGAAAAAAAAAAAAAAUUCGAUGGUUCGAAGAUCGAGUUCCUGGCCGCAAGAUGAUAGAGUAUCGUCGAGCGUAUUAACCUAUUGCGGCGACGAUUGUGCCAAAACGGAGAGCGAAAGCCACUGAUCAUAAAAUAUCAAACGACACGAUUUGUCAUCGACGUUCUCUUUCUUCGCGUUUUCUUCCCGAGUUCCAUUAAGCUUCAUUAACUUUCCCAUGUGCAGACAAACCCGACAGUCGCUAAUAAUCGGGAUUGUCGAAUUAUCAUGCAUACUUAUGAAUAUAUCUUAACUAUAUCUAAAAAAAAAAACAAAAAAAAGAACGAUAAAUUUAUAUACAAGAAAUGCAGGAGUAAGAAAGAAGUUUCUAUAUAAAUGAAUAUUUAAACGAAAUAUAGUUAGAUAGAUAGAAGAACAGCAGAUAAAAAAGAACGUAUUACGCAAAAACGCUGUAAUGUAAACUCAAGAGCGUUUAUUCCUGUUCGAGACCGGCUAUGAAGUUGCACAAAGUGUUAACGAACGCGCUAACGAAUGAGCUAUACGCGUAUUUCUCUCCAUAUAUUUACUUGUAAGUCACGGUGUGUGAAACAUUCUUCAUGUGUUUCUAAGUAGCUUUGAUCGGAAGAAGAUAUAACCUCGAUUGAAAACACGAAGAGUGGAGAGCGAUCGUUUCUCGUGUCGCAUAUUAGUUAGCGGUAUUCCGUUAAUCUUCGAAAGAUCGAUUUUUUCGACGGACAAUGGCAAGAUUGAAAGGAACAUUGCUCAAUAUUUACCGAUCGAAAAAUGCAUCGAGUGUUUGCGACGUGCACGCGGCGUUUUCGUACCGCUCCACAACUCGUUCCAAGAUGCGUGCAAUUCUUUUCUCUUAGAGAAAUUCAGCAAAAUCUCAUGAAAUCAAAGUGUAAAUUAUUAUUUAAUAUACGCGUUUUCUCGAAUCGAUCGUUUACUGAUCGCUUUGCGAACUUAUUGCUUUGCCGAUCGAUCGAUCGAGCAAUCGAAUCUUAACAUUUUUAAUUGGCACUCUUUUUGGAACGAUUCUACUGUCAACGUCGCGCCACUCGCGCCAAAUGUUCAUUCCUAAUUCAAUUAGCUGAUUAAAUUAAUUCGCUUGAAUCGCGUCAAUUCGUUGAUAGAGCAUGUCGCAAUUGUCACGCGCAAGUCUCAAGUUUCUGUCAGCCUUUGAAAGACGUCUUGAUUUCUUUGUAAAGGUAUUGGCUUAAACGGAACGCGUAAAACGAAAAAAAGAAAUAAAGGAAAAAAUGCAGUAAGAUUAAGUAAUAAAAUUAACAGCGGAAUCCGCUGCUUUGUUAUCGUAAAAAGGACGAGAACUAAGAAAUAAGUAUUCGUGCUUCCCAGUGCUUGACAGAAAUCAGAGGUAUCAUAUUUAUAUAAUCGAUAUGCGCAUACUUUGCUUCAAGAGGCCUAAUAGCCGAUAGGUUCGAUUCCUUGCUUCUUCUUUUCCGUUCCUUUUUCAUUCAAGUCCAUUAUUGCUUGUCGCAAUUUAUCUUUCAUUUUCAUUCUCAAUAGUUAAUUAGGAAGUUUCAUCUACUACGCCGAUCGUAAUCGUGUUCUUAUUUAUUUUCUAUACACCAUGAAAUACAUCUAUAUGGAAGUAAUAAUUAUUAAUAUGCAUAUAACGAUAAGAAUAAUACGAGUAAGAUAUGGAUAAUAACGAUCGAUUACAGUAUUCAGUUGCGAGUGUUUAUCAAAGCAUUAAACGAUCAAGACGGUACACAAUCCCAACGAACAAGCACUUCUCGUUCGAAUGUUUAAAUCGAACUUGUAUAUUGUUCCAUUCACAACAGUAGGUACUUACACGCAAUAUCCAAUCGCAUAAUUUGCAUUUGUACAAAGCUGCUUUCUCUUAACGCGUACUAUUUUGUUUGAUAUUGAUUCAAACUCUUUCUUCCUCUUUUGUUCGUCGAUUUAUUUUCUGAUAAAAGUAUGCGUUUUACGUCAUUUUACGUAAACAAAUCAUAUCUCAUUAUUCAUAUCUUCCAUGAUUCACGAUUCAUAAUCCAUGAUCCACCAGGCAAUAAUUCCUCCCUCGAUAGGUGUGAAAUUGGCCACACACCUUUCGACCGCGAGACGUAAAGCGGGACCCGAAUCGAUUCAGUUAUUUCCAAAACAAUUAGCCAAUAAUCGAUAUAUAAUGUUUUCCGACGAUCUUGUACGCCAAAUCGAAUUGACUUGUUACAUUUGUAAAUGUUUGUAAGUAACUAUCAUGUAAUAAAAUAAUCGAUUAAUAAUCAUCGAAAGCA